CCCUUCUCUUUUCAUCCCCGCCCUAUCGUCCUCGACAAAAGUUCAUAUUCUCACUUAGACGUUCUCGCGGAUGUCUAAACUAGGCGGACGAAAGCUAGUUCGAAUCGAUUGAGAGUGCUGCCCUGUCGAACCCUCCAUUGUACACGAUAUCGUCCCCCCUCGACGAGCCCCAGAUGACUAGCCAGCCUCGAACCCGUAAUGACUACACGGUAGGAUGGGUUUACGCGCUACCGAAAAAGCAGACAGCGGCUAUUGCUAUACUGGACCAAGAACAUGCCAACCUACCCAAACUAUCCGACGACCCUAAUACGUAUACUCUAGGAUCCAUUGGCGACCACAACAUUAUCAUAACCUGCCUUCCCAUUAGCAAGAUCGGCAUUAUCUCUACUACAAUGGUAGCCACUCAUAUAGUUCACGCCUUUCCGUCCGUUAAGUUUAGCUUAAUAGUUAAAAUAGGUAAUAGUAUUCCCCCUAAAGUUAAACUUAGCAAUGUUAUUGUUAGCAUCCUAAUAGGCCAAUAUCCCGGAGUUAUAUAAUGGAAUUUAGGGAAGGAAGAGAAAGGAGGCGAAUUUACUCGAACCGGCUCGCUAAACAAACCCCCCGACUCACUACUAAGUACCGUUUCAAAGCUUCGGUCAAAAAAUAAAUUGGAGGGUUCAAAAAUACCCUAUUAUUUAACUGCAAUAUCGUCGAAGUACCCCAAUCUAGCUCUAAAAUACCUACAAUCUAAAACGCUUCAAGACAUACUUUUUAAAGCGGGCUAUAAGCAUAACAAAUCUACCCCAGACACUACCGAUAGGUAUAUACUAAAGGACAAAGAUAAAGACGAAAACAAGGAUAAGGAGGAAAAGGAAGAAAAAAAAGAAAAAGAAGAAAGUUAUCAAUAUUAUAAUAAAACCAAGGUUAUACGAAGGAAGCCCCGAAAUAUACGUAUAUACUACAGUCUAAUUACAUCCGGU